UGGAAACCUCGUAAGGAACUCAACGGUGAAUGGUUAAACCAGGUAUUCAGAGAGAAAGGUCAAUCCUCGAGACAAUUAUAACGUGAACGAUACAGGAUGGCUAGGGUAAUGAACCUAGGGACUUACAUGGCAGAUUUUCUCCUGUCAUUUGUGACACCGGACCAUUUGCUUAGCUCGAGACAGAAAUGGGUUUUUGGAUUGGUGAACUUGAUUUCGGUAGUUAUCUUUUGGGUGCUUUCGUCAUUUUUGGUUAAUGACUUAUUGGAGUCGGAUAUUUAUAGAAAACCGUUUUUGAUAACAUAUAUCAAUACUAGCUGCUUUUGCUUUUACCUAAUUCCAUACUUUAGAUAUGAAGGAUUAUCAAUUCAAGAAUUUGUUAGUCGAAUGAAAUACGAUUAUCACCAGAUUCGCUUGAACCAUUUAGCAUCGCCUUCAUUAGAGGAAGCAAACGAAGAAGAGCAAACAGAACUUCGUGCUGAUUAUGGAUCUAACGAUGAUUUGGCAAGUACAAUGACCAAAAAUGAACCUGAACAAAUUAAUAUCUAUGAGACUUGUAAACUCUCAUUGCAAUUUGUAAUUUUAUGGUUUGGUGCUAAUUUGGUUACUAACGCAUCGUUAUCCUAUACUUCUGUUGCUCUGCAAACCAUUUUACUGUCAACUGCAUCAUUUUUCACCUUAAUUAUUGGAUACUUAUGUUCGAUUGAAAAAAUUAAUUCUCAAAAAAUUAUUGGUAUCAUUUUAAGUUUUAUUGGUGUUGUUAUAGUGACUAGAGUCGAUUCUUCUUCAAAUACAAAUAACCCUCCUGUUUUAUCCAGCCAUUAUUUGGUAAUAUGGGGGAAUUUAUUGGCCCUUUUAGGUGCCUUGAUUUACGGAAUUUAUACAAUUUUAUUAAAAUUUAAAAUAAUGGUUCCAAACAAUCCAAGUCUCGAGCGUAACUUGAAUACUCAUUUGUUCUUCGGUUUUGUUGGUGUAUUCUGUCUUAUUUUCAUUUGGCCAUUUAUAAUUAUACUUCACUUUACUAAUUUAGAACAUUUUCAAUUACCUCCUUCUUCUCGGGUUGUUGGAUUGAUUUUGAUAAAUGCCGUCAUUACAUUCAUAUCUGAUUUCUGCUGGUGCAAAGCUGUCUUAUUAACCAGUCCUUUAACUGUCACUGUGGGACUUUCUUUAACUAUUCCUUUGGCUAUGGUUGGUGAUUGGUUCAUAAAAGGUUUUGUCGUAAAUUAUACCUAUUUAUGUGGUGCUCUUAUCGUCACCAUUGGAUUUUUGAUCAUAAACAAAGAUGAAGAAAAUGACUUCACUACUCACGAAGACUAA